AAGUAAACAGGUCAUGGCACGCUUAACGAAGAGACGACAGGCAGAUACAAAGGCUAUCCAGCAUCUUUGGGCAGCUAUAGAAAUAAUCCGGAACCAGAAGCAAAUUGCUAACAUUGACCGUAUUACAAAGUAUAUGUCUCGAGUCCAUGGUAUGCAUCCAAAAGAAACCACACGUCAGCUGAGUUUAGCAGUCAAGGAUGGUCUUAUUGUUGAAACCCUGACGGUGGGGUGUAAAGGGUCAAAAGCUGGUAUUGAACAAGAAGGAUAUUGGUUGCCAGGAGAUGAGAUUGCCUACGGUAUGCAGCCUUUUUCCCAGACAGCAGCAAAAAACAAGGACUGGGAAACAGAAAAUCAUGACUGGUAUUGUUUUGAAUGCCAUUUGCCUGGAGAGGUGUUGAUAUGUGACCUGUGUUUUCGUGUGUAUCAUUCCAAGUGUUUGUCUGAUGAGUUCAGGCUUAGAGACAGCAGUAGUCACUGGCAGUGCCCAGUUUGCAGGAGUAUCAAGAAGAAAAACACAAGUAAACAGGAGAUGAGCACAUACCUGCGAUUUAUAGUCUCUCGUAUGAAGGAGCGGGCUAUAGAUCUAAACAAGAAAGGGAAGGACAACAAACACCCAAUGUAUAGAAGGCUGGUGCACUCAGCUGUUGAUGUUCCUACUAUACAGGAGAAAGUAAAUGAAGGAAAGUACAGGAGUUACGAGGAGUUCAAAGCAGACGCUCAGCUGCUUCUACACAACACGGUGAUUUUCUACGGAGCGGACAGUGAACAAGCUGAUAUCGCGAGGAUGCUUUACAAAGACACAUGUCAUGAACUGGAUGAACUGCAGCUUUGCAAGAACUGUUUCUAUUUGUCAAACGCGCGACCUGACAAUUGGUUCUGCUAUCCUUGCAUACCUAAUCAUGAGUUGGUUUGGGCCAAAAUGAAAGGCUUUGGGUUUUGGCCAGCCAAAGUCAUGCAGAAAGAGGACAAUCAAGUUGAUGUUCGCUUUUUUGGCCAUCACCACCAAAGGGCCUGGAUCCCCUCUGAAAACAUUCAAGAUAUCACCGUGAACAUCCACCGGCUGCACGUGAAACGCAGUAUGGGGUGGAAGAAGGCCUGUGAUGAGCUGGAACUGCACCAGCGUUUUCUUCGUGAGGGGAGAUUCUGGAAAUCAAAGAAUGAAGAUAAAGGGGAAGAGGAGGCGGAGUCAAGUAUCUCUUCCACCAGCAAUGAGCAGCUAAAGGUUACUCAGGAACCAAGAGCAAAGAAAGGACGACGUAACCAGAGUAUGGAACUCAAGAAAGAAGAGCCAGAACCUGAAACUGAAGCAGUAAGUUCAAGCCAGGAAAUUCCCACAAUGCCUCAGCCCAUUGAAAAAGUUUCAGUCUCAACUCAGACCAAGAAGUUAAGUGCCUCUUCUCCAAAAAUGCUGCAUCGGAGCACCCAGACCAGUAAUGAUGGAGUGUGUCAGAACAUGUGCCAUGACAAAUACACCAAAAUCUUUAACGAUUUCAAGGACAGGAUGAAAGCUGAUCACAAAAGAGAAACUGAGAGAGUUGUGCGAGAGGCAGUGGAAAAGCUGCGUACAGAGAUGGAAGAAGAGAAAAGGCAGGCUGUAAAUAAAGCCGUGGCCAACGCACAAGGAGAGAUGGACAGAAAAUGUAAGCAGGUGAAGGAGAAGUGCAAAGAAGAAUUUUUAGAAGAAAUUAAGAAGCUAGCAGGCCAGCACAAGCAACUGAUUUCACAGACCAAGAAGAAGCAGUGGGUAAGUGUCAAAAAUGUAUUACAGCAGGACAAGUGGAAGUGUAACAGGGAGAUGAAAGGCACCGCUCAGGAAAUCGCCCCGCACCGCGACAGCGAUCCGGAGGACACAGGCGGCCUCUCCCCGCCUCCUCCUGAGCCGCCUUUGCGGGCGGCGGCUGAGGGCCGGCGGCGCCUUCCACAAGAUG